UGACGUGUUCUUCACAUGCGUUUUUCUUCUUUUUUUUUUUGUCUUUUCUGUUAAUGUGAUGUGCAAUUGUUGUUACUGUUUAAAAAAUAACGCUUAAAUAAAUCAGCCACAGUCAUCAGCGUACAUUAAGAAGUGAAAUUUUUAUUGUUUUUUUGGCCAAAACAUAAAACCGUUAAGCCAUUUAAACCAAAAAAAUAAAAUAAAACUAUGUAAAAGUAUUAAGAAAUUUUUGAGUGAAAAAUAAAAAGAAAUAAUUUAAAGAAUGGCCACAAAUAAUAAUAAUGAUGACGAUAAUGAUGAUGGCUGCCGCCUGCGCGAUUUGCCGCGUCAUAGACGCAGCAUUUCUCAGCUUAUUUACAACUUAGCAGAUCAUGAUUCUAGCGAACGUAAUGAAGGCAUAACAAAUCUUGGCUACCAAUACGAUGAAUUAAACUACAACUAUCUGUACGGUCAAUUUGACGUAAACGCUAACGCUGCUAACAUGGCGGAAAAUAAUACUCUACAACUACCAGCUACGUCGUCAAAUAAAACCUUUGAAACUUCUGAAAAUACAAGUACUGUAGGAAGUGGCCACAAUAUGGAGGAACAUGAUCAUUCCGGUUGCUUGCCGGAUUUUCAGUUUUCUAUGAUAGAGGCGGAAUAUGAUGAGGGUUUGAUAAUACCCGAUUCUAUAACGAUUUUGUCGUCGGUGGGUGAUAAGCCAGUGUUGGUGGAACGCAAGGAAUGCACCGAUGAUGAUGAGUUCGAUGAGGAUGAUGUGGAGUUGAGGCGCUUAACAGUGAUACCAUUUACUCGACUCUAUGCACCCAGUAUUAAGUUUACCUCGUUUCAACGUAAAGUCUUUAUGCCGGGCAUAGAGAUACAAGUGCGUUUCAUAGAUACCGAGAGAAGUGUGACCACACAUUUGCUAAAUCCCAAUUUAUACACCAUCGAACUUACCCAUGGCCCAUUUAGCUGGAUCAUCAAAAGACGCUAUAAACAUUUCAGUACCUUACACCAACAACUCAGCAUUUUUCGCACCUCCCUCAAUAUCCCAUUCCCAAUGCGCAGUCAUAAGGAGAAACGGGCCACCAUUAAAAAUGCUGCUUUACAAAUGGCCGAUGAAAAUCGCAUCAAAGAAUUACAAAAAUCUGCCAGCUUUAAAACUUCCACACCCAAUGGUCAUGCUGUGACGCCACGCACAGCUGGUUCCUCCAGUAUGGCAGCCGUGGCGGCUCUACAAAAUAAUAAUGUCAAUCCGAUGCUAGAUGAUACGGGACGUGGUAGUACGCGCAAGAAGCGUAAAAAACGUAAAUUACCACGUUUUCCUCAGAGACCGGAAUCUUUGGUGACAGUGGAGGCUAUGCCGGAGCGUAUUCAGCAAUUGGAGGAUUAUUUGUAUAAUCUGUUGAAUAUCAGUUUGUAUCGGAAUCAUCAUGAGACGCUCAACUUUGUCGAAGUCUCCAAUGUUUCCUUUGUCGAUGGCCUGGGCGUAAAGGGAAAAGAAGGCGCCAUAUUAAAACGUACCGGUUCUACACGACCCGGCCAGGCUGGCUGUAAUUUCUUUGGUUGCUUUCAGCAAAAGUGCUGUGUGCGUUGCAAUUAUUUCUGUUCCGAUGUUGUGUGUGGCUCAUGGCGUAGCAGAUGGUUUUUCGUCAAGGAAACCUGCUUCGGCUACAUACGACCGUCGGAUGGUGUUAUACGUGCUGUGAUAUUAUUUGAUACGGGUUUUGAUGUCUCCACCGGCAUCUAUCAGACGGGCAUGCGUAAGGGCCUGCAGAUCUUAACCAACAACCGCCACAUAGUUAUGAAAUGCUGGACGAAACGGAAAUGUAAAGAAUGGAAUGAUUAUCUAAAACAAACAGCCAAUACCACAGCUCGAGAUUUUACCAUGCCCAAUCCUCACAACUCGUAUGCUCCAGAGAGAUCGGAUAUAACGGCUCAAUGGUUUGUGGAUGGUUCGUCGUAUAUGUCAGCCGUGGCUGAUGCUUUGGAGGCUGCUAAGGAGGAGAUUUAUAUUACGGAUUGGUGGCUGAGUCCGGAAAUCUAUAUGAAAAGACCGGCCAUAGAUGGUGACUACUGGCGUUUGGAUAAGAUAUUGCUGAGAAAGGCCAAGGAGGGGGUUAAAGUGUUUGUUUUGCUGUUUAAGGAGGUGGAAAUGGCUUUGGGUAUUAAUAGUUAUUACAGCAAGCAGAGGCUAGUUAAUUUGCAUGAAAAUAUUAAGGUCAUGCGCCAUCCGGAUCAUGCCAAAGUGGGAGUAUUCUUUUGGGCACAUCAUGAGAAAAUUGUGGUGGUGGAUCAAACUUAUGCCUUUUUGGGUGGUGUGGACUUGUGUUAUGGGCGCUGGGAUGAUUACCGACAUCGUUUGACCGAUCUGGGCAGUAUUUCUACCUCUUCAGCCUCCGGCAGCACACGACGCCCCGGAGGUUUCUUCAAUCGUGAAGAGGUAGACUCUGCCUUUGGCUCUAGCAAAUCUUCACGUAAUAUUAAUGAAGAAUUGCAAAAAAACGAACAAGAGCUACACAAAGCACAAAAUGAAGCUUCAACUAAAGAUAGACUACAGCUGCCCGUCCUAAUACCAGGCGAGAAACUAAUGAUACCCAAUGUAAAUUCUCCCCAAAGUGAUAGCAUUGAUUUGGAAGGUCUUAAGCUAAACACACCCGAAAUGGAGCGUAAAAACAUGUUGAAAAAUCUUAAGGACAAUGCCGUCAAGAAGGGCAAAGACCUUGUCAAUCGUCUAGCCAUGAAUGAGGGUGACAAAACUCCCGACAUCAUAAAAGAUCCCAAACAAUUGGUAUUUACCAUACCAGAAAUUGAGGAGGGGCGCAAGGGUGGCUUAGAGGAUCCCACACCUUUUCAGACACAAGUCCUAGAUGAUUAUUAUGGUCAGGCCAAGUACUGGUUUGGCAAAGACUACUCCAAUUUCAUCAUGAAAGAUUGGAUGAAUUUGGAUGCUCCCUUUGUGGAUAUGAUUGAUCGCGCCACUACACCACGUAUGCCCUGGCAUGAUGUGGCCAUCUGUGUGGUGGGCGCCUCGGCCCGAGAUGUGGCCCGACAUUUUAUACAACGUUGGAAUGCCAUGAAACUGGAAAAGACCCGGGAGAAUCACUCGUUUCCCUAUUUAAUGCCAAAGAGUUAUCAACACAUAAAACUAAAUCCCAAUAUAGUGCUAAAGCACACCCAUCGUGUUUCCUGCCAACUGCUGCGCAGUGUUUCUUCAUGGAGUUGUGGUUUCAUUGAACAGGAUCUAGUCGAACAGAGUAUACACGAUGCCUACAUACAGACCAUCACCAAGGCCCAGCAUUAUAUCUAUAUAGAGAAUCAAUUCUUUAUAACCAUGCAGCUGGGCGCAGCGGCUAGUCUGGGUCAAGUACGCAAUCAAAUAGGUGAAGCUUUGUUUAAGAGGAUAGUAAGGGCCCAUAGAGAACGUAAAACAUUCCGGGUUUAUGUGAUAAUGCCGCUACUACCGGGCUUUGAGGGUGAAGUGGGUGGCAGUAGUGGCAUAGCUGUGCGGGCCAUUACUCACUGGAAUUAUUCUUCUAUAUCAAGAGGUCGCUCGGCCAUUUUGGUGCGUCUGAAAGAGGUGGGCAUUGACAAUCCUGGAGAAUACAUAUCAUUCCAUGCCUUGCGUACUCAUUCCCAACUAAACAAUGUUCCUAUAACCGAAUUAAUCUAUGUACAUUCCAAACUGCUCAUAGCCGACGAUCGUGUUGUCAUUUGCGGUUCGGCCAACAUCAAUGAUCGUUCGAUGAUUGGCAAACGAGACUCGGAAAUCGCAGCCAUUAUAACAGACAAUGAAUUUGAAGAUGGACGUAUGAAUGGCAAGAAAUAUCCCAGUGGAGUGUUUGCGGGAAGAUUAAGGAAGUUUUUGUUCAAAGAACAUUUAGGUCUGCUAGAUCCCGAUGCGGAACGCAUGCCCAUCGAUAUUACCGAUCCUGUGGUGGAUCAAUUUUGGCAUGGCAUGUGGAAACGCAUUUCCACACGCAACACGGAAAUUUACGAUGAAGUUUUCAGAUGCAUACCAAACGAUAAAGUGAAAUCCUUUGCUAAUUUAAGAAAAUAUCAAGAAGAAACGCCGCCCUUAUGUAAAACCGAUCCAGAUAUGGCCAGUAAACGCAUAAUGAAUAUUCAGGGUAACCUAGUUGAUUUGCCUUUAGAUUUCUUAAACAGAGAAGUUCUUACUCCUCCCAGUACCAGUAGGGAGGGCCUUAUACCCACCUCCGUUUGGACAUAGUUUGUUUUAUAUUAUAGUUUUUAUAAUUGUUAUUAAUUUAUUUAGAUUUAAGCUUAAUUAAGUAUUUUAAAAGUUUUUAAAACGUAAAUUAACGAGUGCUACAAAUCGAGUCACAUAAAGUUUAUUUUUUCUUCUAUGUAAUUAAACCCUUGUGUUCCCCAGAAUGUUUAUAUUUUUUUAAAAAAGAGAUAUUUAAACAGUAUUUGUUAAGUGAAUGCAAAAUAUUCAUAUAUAUUUUUUAAAAAAUAUUUAAUUAUUAAUUUUAAUAGCUAAAUAUUUGUGUUUGUAUAAAAAAUGUAUUUUUAUAUAUUACAUUAUGAUGUAUUUUAUAAGUUUAUAUAGGUUUAUAUGUAAUAAAUUAUUUGAAUGUAA